CAUCCUCUUCAGUCUUGCACGCCCCCCUCCUCGUGCUUCUCCUCCCUCUUUCUCUACUUAGUCGGACGAUAAUUCAGAAUACGCUGCUGUAUCUGAGGAAUUUGAGAGGAUGGAUGGUGAAUUAUUCACAGAUUCAGAGCAGGAUUGGAGCAGCUCAUCAGAAUCUGACUGGAUGAGUGAGACGGGAAAAAGGAAAGGAAAACAAGGGGUAAAAAGAAAGAUGGAUCAACAAAAUGGUAAAACAAAGAAAAUAGCCAGAACGAAAAACUCUAGGCUUCCAGGGGUAGACCUAACAGAUGUCUUUCAAGAGGUCAGGAAAAAGGACCAGCUGGCUGUCCAUUGUGGAAAAAUUGCAGGUCACCUGUACAGAAUAAAAUAUGACAAUGGAGAGAAGUGUAUUUUAUGUAAAGGGAAAUGGUUUACGCCCAGUAUGUUUGAGAAGUUUGGAGGAAAAGGGCAUCACAAGAAGUGGAAGAGUAGCAUCUAUUACAAGCCAUCAAAUGGCUUUCAACCAUUUAAAUUACUGGAACUCAUACAAAAUGGGUGUCUUUCAGAAUUUGGACAAAUGAGGGAGUCAAAUAGAGAGGCGACACCAAAAAGAUUGUUUUCCAGGACUCCGAAAACACCUGUAUGUGGAAUUGAAGAGGAAACAAUCCAGCUGGACAGUUCUUCAGAUGAGUCUGUAUCUGCUGCUGAAAGAGUCAAAACGGUGACACAGACAGAGUCCCAUAAAAGAUUGUUUUCCAAGACUCUGGAAAAACCUGAAUGUAGAAUUGAAGAGGAAACAAUCCAGCUGGACAGUUCUUCAGAUGAGUCUGUAUCUGUUGCUGUAAGAGUCAAAAAGAACAGGAGAGAAUCUACUGCCAAUGACAGAUACAGUUUUUCAGAUGAGUCUGUAUCUGUUGCUGAAAGAGUCAAAAUGAACAGGAGAGAAUCUGUAACUGUAACUGAAACUCUCACUGAAAAGAUCACAGAACCAGUAGAAUCUACUGCUAGUGCUAGAGAUUCACCUGCACCUCCCACUGAUGAUACAGAACCUGCAGUAUCAAGGCAACUGAGGGAGUCAAUUAGAGAGGUGACACAGACAGAGUCCUGGAAAAGAUUGUUUUCCAAGAGUCUGGAAAUACCUGUUUGUCGAAUUGAACAGGAAACUUUCCAGCUGGACAGAUCUUCAGAUGAGUCUGUAUCUGUUGCUGAAAAAGUCAAAAUGGCUGAUGAUACACGGGGCAACUUUUUGAGCAAUGUUGCCAAGCAACUUUGGGAAAUGUUGCCGUCAACAGGCAACCAGGCACAGAACAGUAAAAAGAUCACAGAACGGGUAAAAUCUACUGCCAAUGCUAGAGAUUCAUCUGUACCUCUCACUGAUGCUACAGAACCUGCAGUAUCUCCAGUCGUAGAGGAGGCAGAUCAGACCACAGAUGAAGCAGCAGCAGCUCUGCUGAACUUCAGUGAUUCUCCCACUGAUGCUACAGAACCCACAGUAUCUCCUGUCGUAGACGAGGCAGAUCAGACCACAGAUGAAGCAGCAGCAGCAGCUCAGCUGAACUUCAGUGAUUCUCCCACUGAUGCUACAGAACCCACAGUAUCUCCUGUCGUAGACGAGGCAGAUCAGACCACAGAUGAAGCAGCAGCAGCUCUGCUGAACUUCAGUGAUUCUCCCACUGAUGCUACAGAACCCACAGUAUCUCCUGCCGUAGAGGAGGCAGAUCAGACCACAGAUGAAGCAGCAGCAGCAGCUCAGCUGAACUUCAGUGAUUCUCUCACUGAUGCUACCCACAGUAACGCCGUAGAGGAGGCAGAUCAGACCACAGAUGAAGCAGCAGCAGCAGCUCUGCUGAACUUCAGUGAUUCACUAGAUCUACAGAACCCACAGUAUCUCCUGUCGUAG